AUGUCGAACCCGCCCGAUAUAUGGACUGAGGAGGAAAAGACAUUUCUGCUCACGGAGAUUAUCAAAAGAGCCAGAAUCCCGCCAAGUUUCCUCUACAACAUGAUUCAGGAACAGGGUGUCAGCCCUGCCUUCAUGGAAAUUCCACUCCCUCCAGGACGUUCUGUUAUCGCAUGUCAAAAUGCAUAUGACCAUAUGUCCCAAGAGUAUGGGAACAUUUCUCAACGGCAGAGGCUUUCUGGUCCAACUGCUCCAUUGCAAAUAUCGCCUGGGGACAGGAAACGUCCUCCUCCUUUCCAAGUAGAAAAGCCCCCAGCGGGGCAUCGUGCAAUUCAGCCAAAACCCAUUCCCCCGGGUCGAUACCCCAGCAUCGACAUUCGGACACCUCAGCAGUUAUCCCCUAAUGUUGAUAACAGUCUAUUUAGCGAACCUCCGCGGAAACGCGGGAGGCCAAGUAAAGCGGAGAUACAGCGCCGGAACCAACUUGCGCAAGCUCGAGGGGACCCGUAUCCUCCUGUAAACAGGCAUCCGCCAAGGUUCGGGGUGCAAUUAGCACCAUCCUUGCUGACAGGAACAUCAUCUGAACCCGUUCCUUUUUCUUCCAUGCGGCCGCAGGUCACGGACAGCCAUGCUCAUGGCGGCCCAAUCCAACCAACAGAUGCGUUUGGUUCUCAAACACAAGAUAUACGAGUCCACCGAGCGCCGCGAUCACAAAUUAGUCCGAGCAGCGGGGCUCCGGUAUCAUUCACUCCCAAUUCGGAGCCGGGGGAGCCAACGCCUCGGGCAACCAUAGAAAACCAAGCUCCCCACCCCACAACGUCUUCAAUCCCUUCUUCCAAGGUCAUGGAUCAAUCAAGCUCUUUACCGGAUAACCCUAAGCCAGAAACACCACUUACUUCGAGCGCUGCAACUGUGGAGCACGGGAAGGACAUUUCACCGGCUCUGUCUGUUGCCAAAAGAGAAAGCGCAUCCUAA